AUGGGUUCUUCUCAAAAACGAUUUUGUGUAUUUCUUCUUCUCUUCAGCGUUGUUUUUGACUUAAAUAUAACUGCUCUAGGGGAUGGCAAGCUUGAGAAAGAGAGGUGGGGUGAUGAUGAUUGUGGAUUUGGCAGGAGGGGCUGCUUUGGUAGGCGUGAUAGAUGGGGAAGAAGAUGGGGUGGUGGAGGGUUUGGUGGAGGUGCAGGUGCUGGAGGAGGUAUUGGAGGAGGACCUGGAGGUGGAGUAGGUGGAGGAGGAGGUUUUGGAGGGGGUGGAGGUGCAGGUGGAGGUGCAGGAGGAGGACUUGGUGGUGGUGGUGGUGGUGGUGGAGGAGGAGGAGAAGGAGGAGGGGGUGGAGGUGGUGGUGGUGGUGGAGGCGGAGGAGGCAUUGGCGGCGGUUCAGGUCAUGGUGGAGGAUUCGGAGCUGGAGGUGGCGUAAGUGGCGGACUUGGCGGAGUAGGUGGAGGUGGAGGUGGAGGUGGUGGUGGUGGAGGAGGAGGGGGUGUUGGGGGUGGUUCCGGACAGGGAGGAGGAUUUGGCGCAGGUGGUGGAAUAGGUGGUGGCCUUGGAGGAGGAGCAGGUGGAGGUGGCGGGGGAGGAGGAGGAGGUGGUGGAGGCAUUGGAGGAGGAUCUGGCCAAGGUGGUGGAUUUGGUGCAGGAGGUGGGGCCGGUGGAGGUGUUGGAGGUGGUGGAGGAUUCGGAGGAGGCGGUGGUGGAGGAGUAGGAGGUGGAUCAGGGCACGGUGGUGGUUUUGGUGCCGGGGGUGGCAUAGGAGGUGGAGCUGGAGGAGGUUUAGGUGGUGGAGCAGGUGGAGGUUUAGGAGGUGGCCAUGGUGGAGGAUUUGGUAUUGGCGUAGGGGUUGGUGUUGGCAUUGGCAUUGGUACUGGUAGUGGCAGUGCAGUUGGAGUGGGCAGUGGUUCUGGUACCGGAGGCGGCGGUGGACGAUGA